CUUCAACACAGAACCAUCGACCACAACCAGUACCAAAGUGGCGUUCCUACCGCUCAUCGGUGAAACCCUAAUCGUCUAUUUCGCCAUGCCUUUGAAAUCCCAACGCCCGAACUCGGUGUAAUCAUCUCUUCUCCCAUGGCGGCCGACGUAGAGCCCGAACCCUUGAAUCCAUGCUGCGCGGAGAUCAAGAAGCGGUAUCAGAAGUUGGAAGAGAAGAGGAAUGCUCUCCGGCAAGCCGUGAAGCUCCUCGAGAACGAAGCGAAUAAGCUCUUGAACGAGAAUAAGAAUCUCAAGAAGGUUUAUGAAGAUGAGCGGGCACGAGCAGGGCGAGAGAAAGAAGCAAAAGAAAAGGAGUGCACUAUUAGAAGUCAGUUGGAGAAAGAAAUACAUGACCUGAAGGCUGAGAUAUCCUCUUGUCAGAAAAGUGGAAGUUCAAGAAGUGAGGAUAGCAAUGAGAGUGGGCUGAUUCGCAUUUUGGAGGCAGAGGGAGAAGUAGAAAGACUCAAAGAACUUUUAGAAAAAGAGAAAAAGCGAAGUAAUUCUGAGAAGAAGAAGGCUGAAGUGGAGAAGAAAAAAGCUGCAGAAGCAUGGAAGUUAGUGGAAGUGGAGAAAAGCAAGGUAGAAGAAGUAAAGAAGCAUGCAGAGAUUGCGAGGAACGAAGCAGAUGAAUACAGGCUUUGCCUUGAAAAACUAAAGAUGGAAGCUAAUGAAGCAAGAGAGAAGUUGAUUGCAGAGAUCUCCAAAGCAGAUGAUGCAAAUAAAAAGGCUGAAGCAGAGAAGCAGCAGAUAAACAGAGAAAGGAAACGUGCUGAUCUGGAGAGGACAAAGGCAGAAGAACAGAGAAGGCUUAUGGAAGUAGAAAGGAAAAAGGCAAUGGAUGAAAAAUACAGGGCAGAUAAUUUGUCCCAGAGGCUGGAGAAGGAGAAGCAAAGGAGUGAAGAAUUACAGAGGAAAGUCGAGGAGAUUUUAUCUUCUGGAAGAGAUGUAAGGGGUUGUUCAUGUUUUGGAGAUGAAAGACAUAAUGGUGGAACAAACAUCAAAACUGUAGAUGUCAAGCUUCUAAGAGAGCAACUCAAGCUGAAAAAGAAGCAAGUAAAGCAUGCCAAAAGAAUGAAUAAACUAGAGAAAGCAGAGAAUAAGUUUAUAAGGAAAGAGCUUUAUCUCUUAAAACAGGAUUUCAUGCAAAUGUCUUGCCGCUUUAAUGUCCUUUAUGACUUACUGUCUUGCAGCAUGGAAGGUACAGAUAGCCUGGCAAAGAAUGAUGAAUCUCCAGAGCUAUGGGGCUGCAACUUGCAGAACAACCUUUUGGGUUCCCAACCAUGCAAUAUUAAGUCACAAAGUGAAUUUAGGUUGCCAGAGACAUGCUAUACAAAUUCAAUUAAUUACCCUUGUUCUGCAAGCGAAUGCCCUCGCCUUCAAUUAUCUAGAGGAAGCUGUACCAGACCAACCUCAGGUAUUAGUUCUGAAUUGGAGCCUCCAGUUGGAGGUUCUGUCAGAAUCAAGUCACCAAGUUCUGCCGUAUGUUCCACUGCAACAUCUUUUUCUGAUAGCAAGUUCAUGGGCUCACAGGGAAAGGAUGCCUUUUUUGCCACUGCAUCAACCGAAGUAGCAGGGAAGAGCUCCAAUCAGAGAUCAUCCAUUCUGAGACCGUCUGAUGGAGUGGCUAAAACUAGGCAAACAGAAAAUAUUGGGGUGGUGGCAGAGAAUAACAAUAGAGCUUCUGUCGAAAGAAAUGCGAUAAAUGCAUGCCUGAAUUCAUCUGCAGUGAGUGUUGUGGAUCAGGCAUCUAAUGGUCGCAGGAAAAAAAGAAGGCUCCAAGAUGCUCUAGAAUCUGUUGCAUGGUUGUAUUCUGAGGAUGGUCAGUUGUAUUUGAAGAUAGGAGAGAAACUAUCUGAGUUAAAAUAUCUUUUGAGCAGAAAAGCUAAUAUACCUUCAGGCUCCAAAAAUUCUGGGAUUUCAGAGUACUUGGAUGACAGAAAGGGAUUUUGUGCCAAAAAUCAUAAUGAUCGCAGUAAAAAAUCCUUCAAACACAGUAGUGACAAAAUGCUACGUAAGCGACGGAAACCUGAUGUACAAUAUUUUAAUCAAAAUAACAUUCAGAAACAGGCAGAAAAGUAUGAAGCAGAAGACAGUAGGAUUCCAUGCUUCCUUCCUGAAAUGGCUAAACCUUUCCAGAUGAAAGAAAAUGCUGUAUGCGGGGAAGAGCCAUCUAAUGCUGUUAGCAGUGAGCGAGCUGAUUUAAUUUCAUUUGAGAAGAUGAUACGUGGGGAUUAUAUGAAGCUACUUGAUCUGGAUAGUGAUGAUGAAAGAAGGUAUAAAGCUGCAAUAGAGAUGCCUCUUUCACCCACUUUGCCUGAAAUUAAGUCUGCUAGCCUCAAACGGUGUGUACCAGAUGACUAUCAUUUUCUGGUAGAGGGAAAUUUGGAGAGUUUUGAGACUGAAAGAAGUAAUGCCCUGCAAUCCCAUACCUUUGAUGUCAUUGAUUUGGAGAUUAGUUCCAACACUGCAAAACAGAAAGCCCUUCAUUUUCAGGAACUGUCAUUGAAUGAUAAUCCAGUCUUAAGCCAUUCGUCUGAAGAAGUAAGAAUUAAUGGUACAAUUGUAACAGAUGGUGAUUUCAAGCAACAUGAGAUGCUGUGUAAUGCUGAGCAUAAUUCUUCCUUUCAUGGAAAUGAUAGUAAAAUGGAUGUUGAACUGACACAUAAUGGCAGAAAUGCAGGUGACACAGUGCAGAAGGCUAGUGAUGCACUACCUACCAUGGAGCUAAAGGACCAUGGGGAGUUCAAGCACGUUGUCCAUGGCCUUUUAUGUCCUAAUGCCAUUUCUGAUUCAAAGGUAUCUAAGGAAGUAUUGUCAGGAGGGUCUGACAAGUCAUUGCUUUCAGGAAGCACAAACUGUAGCUUUUCAAAAUUCACAUUGCAUUCUCAGCAAUUAUGUGAGAAUUGGUAUAUGCAUAAUUCUAUUCCAAAGAUACAUAAUUUAACAAGGGAAUUAGUGAAUGUACCAAAUGGAACCUGUGGACUGACUCAUGCCACAGUUACAACUUCCACAGAAAACCAUAUUGAAGGCAAAGGAGAAAAACAUGAUGGUGCAGUUGUUUCUCAAAGUGGUGAAAUGAUUGAUAAAAGUUUUGAAGCUGAGAAAUAUGAGCAAAAUUGUAAUUUACUGGUCUCAGAAUGUGCUGCAAAGACAGAAGCUUCUAAAUCAAUGCCUGUGUCCACCAUCAGGAAGAUCAAUGAUCUAUGUGGAGACAGUGAUGGACUUGAAGUGGAGAAAAUUCAGAGAAGGCUGUUGUUUUCUUUUCAUUAUUAUUGUGCAAUAUUUCUGGUUCGCUGUCAGCAAAUUCAAGAUGCACCAGGAGUGGAGAAUUUCUACUACCUUCCUGUUCUUUUGCAGAAGAGAUUAAUAAAGUGUUAUCAAAUGGGGAGGCAAGAUGGUUAAUUCUAGAAAUAUGCCAACUGAACAUCCUUGUUGAGCUAAUUGAAGAUUUUCUCAUUAACAGAAAAGUUUUGUUGUACACUGACAGACCGCACGAGCCUUUGUCGGCAUGCUUCUCAUCACAGGAAUUUCAUCAAUUAAAUGGGAGUGAUCUUUGUGUGUCUACUAAAGAUGCGACAGUUGAUCAGAUUAUUGCUGGUUGUGUCAUAUUUGCAUCUAUUUCUGCCACAGUAGAUCGCAUUGGUAUUGUUCUGGAGUUUUCUUACAGAAUCCUUCGAAUAUGUAGAAAUGAUACUUCCUGGAUUCUAUUGGCACUACAUGUUUUUGCUUGUGUAUGUGGCGAGAAGUUUUUAAAUCUGGACGAGUAUAGGUUGGUUGUAAAUGCUGUAAGAUUAGUGGUUUCACUAGUUGAGCAUGGGAAUGAAUGUGCUUGUUCUGCUUCUUCCUGUCUCCAUUCAACACAACAUAUGUCUAUCUUUCCUCCCUGUGAGCAAUGCCCAUUUGCUUUGGAUGAAUUUUGUAUGAAUAAUUUUGCUUGUUCGCUUCUGGAUGAGCUACAAUUUUAUGCUUUGGCUGGUAAUAUCAAUCAUCUAGAUGGAGAAAAAUCAACUGCUUCAAUCGGCACAUCCCAUUCAUGCUCUGAUGAUGGAGGGACAGUCAGUAAAACCAAAGUCAGUGGACUGAAGACUGAGUGCAUUGGAUCUUGCAUUAUAUACAAGUUUGGAAAGCUCUCUGCUGAUCGGUCUGAUUGUUUUCCUGAGAGCUCUUUUUGCUACUUCACAGAUAUAGUUUCUUUGGUGGAGCUGAUUGGGUGCUACAUGAGAUGGGAGUGGACGUGCAACAAAAUUGUGUCUCGUAUUGUAAAUAUGCUGGAGUUCUGCAAGUCUGAGGAGUUUUUAGCUGCUCUUUUUGUAUUACUAGGCCAGCUGGGAAGAUUUGGCAUCGAUGAUGGUGGCUAUCAGCAGACUGGAGUUGCAGAGCUGAGAUGUAGUUUGUCCAGGAUUCUAGAAGCAAGCAUUACAGAAAAAAGGAGUAUGCCCACUCAAUUUUCAGCUGUUGGUGCUUUGCUAAAUCUUCUUCCAUUCAAUUUUGAAGAAAUUGUUGGACACCGAGAACUUCCACAAGAUGCUAGUGAAUAUGGUUAUGUUAUGCAAGUAAAGAAGUGGUUUUCUCAUCUAAGCAUGGAACAACAAGCAAUGUCAUUUGAUCUCUUUAGAUAAAGCUAAUGAGGAGGGAAGAUGAUUUUUCUUUCUAUAUUGAUUAUGCAAACAAUUGGUCACACCAUGUUGGUCUCCAUCUCCAAUGCGUGAUCCUUAAUUUGGACCAGCAUCCCUUCUUGCCCUUGGACAUGCUGAAAAUUAUUUGUGGAACUUAUUGCAGUAGUUCGAAUCUCUGCUUUCAUUGAGAUUAUACUUGCUACUUCAUCAUUCUGAUGGGAUCUCAGUUGAUUAAUUGGUAUAAAUCAAAGUUCUACUGGUUUCUGUUCAGGGGGCACUCAACUGCAGGAUCAAUCAAGUUCUUAUGGCAUGGGUGUCGGGGCCUGGUGAAGAUUGUGCUUAUUUGGAUACGAUAUUGGUUGAAGGAAUUUUCUUUCAGUACCAUACAAAACAUUUCUAAGCCAACAUUUGUCUCUUGGAGUGCAUUUUACCUCCACUGCUCUCCCCUAGACUCAAGGCACUGAUAAGUCUUGCGGAAGCUAAACAUCGUAGAAGUUCAAAUAAAUUUUGCUGCAUCAAAUCAUGUUUGGUUACACUGCAUGAGAGGCGAAGAUGUCAUUUUGAACUUGUGAGUUUGACUUUGACAGGAGUAAAUCUGGAGAGAUGUAUUCUGGACUACUCUGGAUGCUGUUCUGUGUUUUGCAUUAUGAUGAAUAGCAAAUUCUGCAGUGCUAUUUGGUUGUUGAAUCAGCCACCAGCAAUUCUGUAGCUUGAACUAGCUUAAUUCUUUAAGAAAACCAACUAAAGUCUUUUGUUUUCUAUUCUAAAGAUCUGCAUUCUUCAGAAAA